AUUUAUAGAAAAUGAUGGUCAGGUCAGUCUAGGGGGUAUUGUGGAUGAACGCUAAAUUGUUUCCUCUUGCGGUGCGAAAUUACAGUUAAUUCGAUUUUACGUCCUGUUCGUAUCAUAGGUGUCCUAGUUGUCGCAUUCAUUUGUUCCCUGUCAUCCUCAGUGAUUGACACCGAACAUGGAUCAAAUAACACCGAAGGAGGUGAAAAUCCUCGAAACUGCCGAUGAUAUCCAGGAGAGACGAGAGCAAGUUCUCAGUAGAUAUGGUGAUUUCAAAGCUGAAGCUAGACGCAAAAGGGCUAAGCUAGAAGAUUCGAGGCGCUUCCAGUACUUCAAACGAGAUGCAGACGAGCUGGAAUCGUGGAUCUAUGAAAAACUACAAGCUGCCUCUGAUGAAAGUUACAAAGACCCAACAAAUCUUCAGGCUAAAAUUCAAAAGCAUCAAGCCUUUGAAGCUGAAGUGUCUGCUCACAGCAAUGCGAUCGUAACACUUGACAACACAGGGACAGAAAUGAUUAAUGAGAAUCACUUUGAGUCCGAAACCAUUCGUAAGAAGCUAGAUGAACUGCACCGUCUUUGGGAACUUUUGUUGUCAAAGUUAGCGGAGAAAGGAAUGAAAUUACAACAAGCUUUAGUGCUGGUCCAGUUCUUACGACAGUGCGAUGAGGUUAUGUUCUGGAUCAAUGACAAGGAAACUUUUGUGACAACCGAUGAAUUUGGGCAUGACUUGGAACAUGUUGAAGUAUUGCAACGUAAAUUUGAUGAAUUCCAAAAAGACAUGGCUUCGCAGGAGUAUCGUGUUACAGAAGUGAAUGAACUUGCUGACAAACUUGUGUUGGAAGGUCAUCCAGAACGUGACACUAUUCUGCGUCGCAAAGAGGAGCUCAUCGAGGCUUGGAGUCGUUUAAAACAACUCGCUCUGAUGAGACAAGAGAAGCUGUUUGGAGCCCAUGAGAUCCAGCGAUUCAAUCGAGAUGCCGACGAAACAGUGACUUGGAUCACUGAAAAAGAUGUUGUCCUCUCAUCAGAUGAUUUCGGUCGUGACCUUGCCACAGUUCAAACCCUUCAACGCAAACAUGAAGGAGUAGAAAGGGAUUUGGCAGCUCUUGAGGACAAAGUCUCCACUUUAGGACAAGAGGCUGAUCGUUUGUGUGGUAUCCAUGCCGAUCACAGCGAGCAGAUCCAGGCCAAACGCAGUGAAAUUCAAUCUUAUUGGGAACGUCUUACUGCAAAAUCCAAGGAGAGGCGCUCAAAACUUGAUGAAUCAUAUUAUCUGCACCGAUUCCUGGCUGAUUAUCGAGAUUUGACAUCAUGGAUCAAUGAUAUGAAAGCAAUUAUUGCAGCUGAUGAAUUGGCCAAAGAUGUUGCAGGCGCAGAAGCUUUGUUAGAGCGCCACCAGGAACACAAGGGAGAAAUUGAUGCGCGUGAAGAUAGUUUCCGAUCUACAGCUGAAUCUGGGCAGCUCUUGCUAGAACGUAACCAUUACGCAGCUGAGGAUGUGAAGGAGAAACUUGUGUGUUUGGCCUCUGAGAAAACAUCAUUGAUGCAACUGUGGGAGGAACGUCGUGUUCACUACGAGCAAUGCUACGACCUGCAAUUGUUUUACCGAGAUGCCGAACAAGCUGACACUUGGACUGCUAAACAAGAGGCUUUCUUGGCAAACACAGAUCUUGGAGACUCCUUGGAUAGUGUAGAGGCAUUGAUGAAGAAGCAUGAAGACUUUGAAAAAUCAUUGGCAGCCCAAGAAGACAAAAUCAAGGCUCUAGAUGAUUUUGCUGACAAAUUAAUUGACGGAAAUCACUACGCUGUUGAAGACGUAGAGCAUCGUCGAUCAAUGCUUUUGCAACGGCGGAAGAAACUUCUUGAUGAUGCUGCCAAGCGACGGGAGAUGCUCAGUUACUCUUUCUGUCUUCAGCAGUUUGAAAGAGAUUGCGAUGAGACAAAAGGGUGGAUUAAUGAGAAACUUAAGUUUGCUACAGAUGACAGUUAUUUGGACCCCACAAACAUAAAUGGCAAAGUUCAGAAGCAUCAGAAUUUCGAACAGGAAUUGAAUGCCAACAAAUCAAGAAUGGAAGAAAUCACCACAGCCGGCCAGAACUAUAUCAAUGCCAAGCAUUAUGCAUCAGAUCGCAUACAAGCUCGCAUGGAUGAGAUCGUCCAACUUUGGGAAACGCUAGUUGCAGCAACGGACAAAAAAGGCUCGAAACUUCAAGAAGCCUCACAACAACAGCAGUUCAACCGCACUGUGGAGGAUAUCGAACUGUGGUUGUCUGAAAUUGAAGGUCAGCUGUUGAGUGAAGAUUAUGGCAAAGAUUUAACAAGUGUGCAAAAUCUACAAAAGAAGCAUGCUCUCCUGGAAGCAGAUGUUGGUUCUCAUCAAGACAGAAUUGAGGGGAUCCGUAUCGCUGCCAAUCAGUUCAUCGAACGAGGUCAUUUCGACGCUGAUAACAUCCAUGCUAAGCAGACUGCCGUCUGCGAUAGAUAUGCAAAUCUCCAGAAGCCCAUGGCCAUUCGUAAGCAAAGGCUUCAAGAAUCGUUGCAAGUGCAACAACUUUUCAGAGACGUCGAGGAUGAAGAAGCUUGGAUCAGAGAGAAAGAGCCUAUUGCAGCCUCAACAAACAGAGGUCGAGACCUCAUUGGUGUCCAAAAUCUGAUCAAGAAACAUCAAGCUGUUUUGGCUGAAAUCCACAAUCAUGAAAGUAGAAUUGACGCUGUGAAACAAGAUGCUGAGAAAAUGAUCGCUGACAAUCACUUUGCUGCAGAUGAAAUCAAGAACAGAAUUGCCAAUCUCGACCAGCAUUGGUCUCAGCUGAAGGAUAAAGCAUUACAGCGCAAACAAGACCUUGAAGAUUCUCUCCAAGCUCAUCAGUACUUCGCUGAUGCAAAUGAAGCAGAAUCCUGGAUCAAAGAGAAAGAGCCAAUCGUUUGCAAUCAAGAUUACGGAAAAGACGAAGACUCUUCUGAAGCUUUAUUGAAGAAACAUGAGGCUUUAAUGUCUGAUUUGGAAGCUUUCGGAAACACUAUUCUCAGUCUCCGCGAGCAGGCACAAGCUUGCCGUCAACAGGAAACCCCGGUAAUUGAUGUUGCCGGAAAAGAGUAUGUGGUUGCCUUGUAUGAUUACACUGAAAAAUCUCCUCGUGAAGUAUCUAUGAAGAAAGGCGACAUACUUACUUUACUAAACUCCACAAAGAAGGACUGGUGGAAAGUUGAAGUCAACGAUCGUCAAGGAUUCAUCCCUGCAGCUUAUGUUAAGAAAAUCGAGGCUGGGCUGACUGCUUCCCAACAGAACCUUGCAGACAGCAGUUCCAUCUCUGCUCGUCAAAACCAGAUUGAAACGGAAUAUGAUCACUUACUGGCAUUGGCCCGUGAGCGUCAGAACAAGCUUAAUGAGACUGUCAAGGCUUACGUUUUAGUUCGUGAAGCUGCAGAAUUGGCUGCUUGGAUCAAGGAUAAGGAAAAUCAUGCUCCUGUUCAAGAUGUCAUUGAAACAGUUGAUCUGGAACAAGUUGAGGUAAUGCAAAAGAAAUUUGAUGAUUUCCAAACCGACCUCAAAGCGAACGAAGUUCGUCUUGCUGAAAUGAAUGAAAUCGCUAUGCAGCUCAUGUCCCUUGGCCAAACUGAAGCUGCCCUAAAAAUUCAAACUCAGUUGCAGGAUUUGAAUCAAAAAUGGACUUCUCUGCAACAAGUGACCCAAGAACGAGCCACUCAGCUUGGGUCCGCCCAUGAGGUUCAAAGAUUCCACAGGGAUGUUGAUGAAACGAAAGAUUGGAUCCAAGAAAAAGAAGAGGCUCUCAGCAACGAAGAUCUUGGUAAAGAUCUCCGCAGUGUCCAGGCAUUGCAAAGGAAGCAUGAAGGGCUAGAACGAGACUUAGCUGCAUUAGGAGACAAGAUUCGUCAACUGGAUGAAACUGCGAACAGAUUAAUGCAAACCCAUCCUGAGACUGCCGAACAAACUUACGCCAAACAAAGAGAAAUCAAUGAAGAAUGGACUCAGCUGACCGCCCGAGCCAACAGCCGAAAGGAAAAACUCCUUGAUUCAUAUGAUUUGCAGCGUUUCUUAUCUGAUUAUCGCGACUUGAUGUCAUGGAUUGGCUCCAUGAUGGGACUCGUCUCCAGCGAUGAGUUGGCAUCAGACAUAACUGGAGCUGAAGCUCUUCUCGAACGGCAUGGGAGUCUACGAGCUGAGAUUGAUGCUCAUUAUGGGCUUCCGCAGGAACAUCGAACGGAGAUUGAUGCAAGGGCUGGAACAUUCCAAGCAUUCGAAAUGUUUGGACAGCAACUUCUGCAGUCUGGCCAUUACGCAAGUGUCGAGAUCCAAGAAAAGCUGGAAAGCAUGGCUGAGGCUCGUCAAGAAUUGGAAAAAGCAUGGGUUGCCCGACACCUGCAAUUGGAUCAAUGUCUGGAACUGCAGUGGUUCAACCGUGACUGUGAAUUGGCCGAGAAUUGGAUGGCAGCUCGUGAAGCUUUCUUGGCCGCUGAUGAGGUUGAUUCAAAGGGUGACAACGUGGAAACUUUGAUCAAAAAACACGAAGAUUUCGACAAAGCUGUCAAUGCUCAUGAAGAAAAGAUUGCUGACGUACAAAGAUUUGCUGAUCGCUUGAUUGCUGCUGAGCAUUACGCUGCGGUUCCUAUCAAUGACAAGAGAGAGCAAGUGUUAGAACGUUGGCAGCAUCUCAAAGAAGCGCUCUUCAAGAAACGAUUCAAGCUUGGCGAAUCGCAGACCCUUCAGCAGUUCAGCCGUGAUGCUGAUGAAUUGGAAAAUUGGAUCGCAGAAAAAUUACAGCUGGCAACUGAAGAAAGUUACAAGGAUCCUGCCAAUAUUCAGUCAAAACACCAGAAGCACCAAGCAUUUGAAGCUGAGCUUGCUGCUAAUGCUGACCGAAUUCAAAGUGUUCUUGCUGUUGGACAGAAUCUCAUUGACAAGCACCAAUGCGCUGGAUCCGAAGAAGCUGUCCAGGCUCGACUUGGGUCCAUCGCUGAACAGUGGGAAUAUUUGACCCAAAAAACAUCGGAGAAGUCUCUCAAAUUGAAGGAAGCAAACAAGCAGAAAACGUACAUUGCUGCCGUAAAAGAUUUAGACUUCUGGCUGGGCGAAGUUGAGUCACUACUAACAUCUGAAGAUUCCGGAAAAGAUUUGGCAUCUGUCCAAAAUCUUAUCAAGAAGCAUCAGCUUAUUGAAGCUGAUAUCCAGGCUCACGAAGACCGCAUUAAAGAUAUGAAUAGUCAGGCUGACUCCCUUAUUGAAAGUGGGCAGUUCGAUACUGGCAGCAUCCAAGAAAAACGACAGUCCAUCAACGAACGUUACGAACGAAUUGCAAAUCUUGCAGCUCAUCGACAGGCACGUCUGAACGAAGCAAACACCCUUCAUCAGUUCUUCCGAGACAUUGCAGAUGAAGAGUCAUGGAUAAAGGAGAAAAAAUUAUUGGUAGGGUCUGAUGAUUAUGGCCGAGACUUAACUGGUGUUCAGAACUUGAAGAAGAAGCACAAGCGUCUCGAAGCAGAGCUUGGGUCUCAUGAACCAGCAAUCCAAGCAGUCCAAGAAGCGGGCGAAAAAUUGAUGGAUGUUUCAAAUCUAGGAGUGCCUGAAAUUGAACAGCGCCUAAAAUUACUGAACCAAGCCUGGUCUGAGCUGAAACAACUGGCUGCCACUCGUGGUCAAAAAUUGGACGAGUCUCUUACGUAUCAACAAUUCUUGGCAAAAGUUGAGGAAGAGGAAGCAUGGAUAAGUGAAAAACAACAACUUUUGAGCGUAGAGGACUACGGAGACACCAUGGCUGCUGUUCAAGGUCUUCUCAAGAAGCACGACGCAUUUGAAACUGACUUUGCUGUUCAUAGAGACCGCUGCGGAGAAAUCUCCAGCGCAGGAUCCAAACUUAUGGAAGCGGGCAAUCAUCACUCUGACAGUAUCAUUCAGCGUUGUCAACAAUUGCAGAGUAAAUUGGACAAUCUCUCCUCUUUGGCUGCCCAUCGUAAAGCCAAGUUGAUGGAUAACUCAGCCUACCUGCAGUUCAUGUGGAAGGCCGAUGUUGUAGAAUCAUGGAUCGCCGACAAAGAGUCUCAUGUUCGCUCUGAAGAAUACGGCCGAGACUUGUCCACUGUUCAAACUCUCUUAACAAAACAGGAGACAUUUGAUGCAGGUCUCCACGCAUUUGAACAUGAGGGUAUACUGAACAUCACAGCUUUGAAAGACCAGCUCAUCAGAGCGAAUCAUGAUCAGUCUCAAGCCAUUUUGAAGCGACACGCAGAUGUUAUUGCCAGAUGGCAAAAAUUAUUGGGAGAUUCUAACACACGUAAACAGCGACUUCUCCGCAUGCAAGAACAAUUCCGACAAAUCGAAGAGCUGUAUUUAACCUUUGCCAAAAAAGCAUCAGCAUUCAAUUCAUGGUUUGAAAAUGCAGAAGAAGAUCUCACAGACCCUGUGCGUUGCAAUUCCAUCGAAGAAAUCCGUGCCUUAAGAGAAGCCCAUGCUCAUUUCCAGGCAUCUUUAUCAUCUGCUCAAGCAGAUUUUGAAGCGCUAGCUGCAUUAGAUCAGCAGAUCAAAAGUUUCAAUGUUGGACCAAAUCCUUACACAUGGUUCACAAUGGAAGCUCUUGAAGAUACAUGGAAAAACUUACAAAAAAUCAUCAAGGAACGGGAUUUGGAACUCGGAAAAGAAGCUCAAAGACAAGAUGAGAAUGACAAGCUGCGGAAAGAAUUCGCAAAGCACGCCAACACCUUCCACCAAUGGUUGACAGAAACAAGAUAUCGAUUACUUGGAUGGGAUGGAACCUCAAUGAUGGAAGGCUCAGGGUCCCUAGAGCAGCAGUUGGAAGCAACCAAGAGCAAGGCCACUGAGGUGAGAUCUCGACGCUCUGAUCUAUCAAAGAUUGAAAGCUUGGGUCAGAUUCUGGAAGAACACUUAAUUCUGGACAACCGUUACACGGAACAUAGUACAGUAGGUCUAGCGCAACAAUGGGAUCAGUUGGAUCAACUGGGCAUGCGAAUGCAGCACAACCUGGAGCAGCAAAUCCAAGCCCGUAAUCAAUCGGGUGUCAGUGAAGACGCACUGAAAGAAUUCUCGAUGAUGUUCAAACACUUUGACAAAGAUAAAUCGGGCAAAUUGGAUCAAAAAGAGUUUAAAUCGUGUCUUCGAGCCCUCGGAUAUGACCUACCUAUGGUUGAAGAAGGACAGCCAGAUCCUGAAUUUGAAGAAAUUCUCGAUGCUGUCGAUCCGAAUAGGGAUGGAUAUGUGUCCUUGCAGGAAUACAUGGCAUUUAUGAUCAGCAAAGAAACUGAAAAUGUGCAAAGUUCAGAAGAAAUUGAAAAUGCUUUCCGUGCAAUCACUGCAUCUGACAGGCCUUAUGUUACCAAAGAGGAACUAUACGCUAACUUAACCAAAGAGAUGGCAGAUUAUUGCGUAGCGCGUAUGAAGCCAUAUGUGGAUCAAAAAACAGAAAGGCCAAUCGCUGGUGCCCUCGAUUACAUUGAGUUUACAAGAACUCUCUUCCAAAAUUAAUCAACUCGCCACUCUUCCCUGCUUGUUCAAAUAUAAUCGUAGCUUUACUUGCUCUUUAGCUUUCAUUAGUUUUAUUGGAUGCCUAAGGAUCCCAAGUCAUAUUUUAAAUCCAAAUGAUUUUUUAAGUCCGAGUUUUUCAUCAACCAAUAAUUUAUCAACUUUUUACAGUUAUUUCGUAAAAUUUAUGUAAAAGGUGCUAUAGACUGUUCUUCAUUCGAUUUUUAUUGCUAAAAUUUUCAAAACCAUUCCUCUGUAAAAUCGAUCUUCAAAUAUUUUUUGAAAAAAUAUUUGAACCAUGUCUGGAUUCCACAAUUUAACAUCCUUCUCUUCUAUAAAGUUAACUGCUUUGCUUGUAAAGUUCUUCUCAUUCGUUUUAUCCCUCCUAUGGAUGAUAAUUGGAAGAACAUAUGUUCCUGUACUUAGUGUGCAUCACAGUUUUAUGUAAGCAUUAUCAUUGAAACAAAACAUUUUGCAGCUUUUAAGUUUAAACUUUAAUGCCUAUGGUUUUAUUGCUGUAUGCAUCAGUUUUUUGACAGUAAUUUGUCAAUGUUAAAUUUACUUAGUAAUUGCAUAUUCCUAUUUGCACAGAGAUUUAUCUUGCGAGGCCACACGAAAGGUGGAAAUGCACCUGCAAGUGUAAUUCUCACCUAAAGGCCUCACACUCACUCGAUGUAAGAUGACUGGUGGAAAGCUCCUCCUGUCAGCUAGCUAAUAAGAAUUUUAUGAUGACUCAGUAAAUGAAUCAAGAAUGAAGGCUUAAGCAUUUCUUAGCUUCUUUUAAUGUAAGAUUAGAGUAUUUAUUUAUUUAUUUAUGUUAUUUAUAUUUUAUUUAUGUGUGAAUAUUUUUAUUGCCCAGUUGAGAAUUUGACAGCAAUGAUCACCGUCAUUUGAAUCGCAAAAAUUGAAAUUUUCCUGUCUUCAAGAAUCUCAAUUAAAAAUUUAUUCCAGAAACAUUCAGCAAGUUUUUGUCGUACCUAUCCUUAACAUCUUCCUCAUCGGUUCGAUUAUUUUAUGAAUGAUCCAUAAUGAAGUGCACAGGGAUAUUUUGAUUUUCGCAAUGACAUUUUUUUAAAGAUGAGGAAAUCAAGUUGUUUCUCCAAUCAAACUCCUUGAUUUCAAGACCUAAUGAAGGUAUGGCAGUGAUUUUAUGUGGGUAUACUUUUAAAAGUGAAAAAUAUCAUUUAUUUCAAAGAUUAUGAUUCAGUUUCAUCAAUAUCAGUUAGUACCCACACUUCUCAUUCUAGGAUCAAUCAAUAAACUAUCAAUAAAAGAAAGACGUAAUGCAAGGAAGUAUUGAAAUUUUAAAGAAAAUAAUAAUGAGUACUUUAUAAACCAAAUCCCCUUCCUUAUCUGUGAACAGUGUUUUAUAAGAGAUGCUUAUUUUAUGCUUUUGAAUAUCGACAUUGACACCACAUUAAUUAAAAUCACCCAGUUUUGAAUUUGAUCAGUGGGUGCUGCCUGGUGACUCUAAUCAACCAAUGCUAUUGAUUUUAUUCUGGAUCAGCUUCUCGUUACGAUUGUUGGUAGGGAAAUUUUUGAAAGCAAUUCUCUCAACAAAAUACUAAGUCAAAUUGUGCCCCAAAUCCACCUGUAAUCUAUUGUGUUUAAGUUAUUUUUGCUUCUUUCAAAUUAUUUAUUUUUUUGUGGUUUAAAAUUCUACAUUCUCUGAAAUCAAAUAAACUUACUUCAUAAAA